AUGCUGUUGGAAGCUGUUCUGGAAAAUGACGUGCAAAGAACUGCGCGCCUGAUCCAACAAGGAGCAUCUCCAAAUAUUACAGACCAAAACAAAGAUACGCUAUUGCAUAUUGCGGUGUCUACUGGAUCAUCUGAGAUGCUCCAAUAUCUGCUCACACUCGGGGAUGGCUUGGUCAACAGGACAAAUUAUUGCGGCCGAACUCCGUUGUUUCUUGCAAUAAUUCAACGCAGUUUAAAAUUGGUGAAGGAAUUAAUUGAGGCUGGGGCCAAUGUCAAUGUAGCAGAUUUUGAAGGCAACACGCCUUUGCACAAAGCUGCACACAGUCCGAAAAUUGCGCACGUUUUAAUUAAAAACGGUGCUGAUCUAAACGCCCAAAACCAUUACGGUGAAACACCAUUGCAUGCAUCUAUCUGCGACAAUUACAGUUUCGUGAACGGUUCAAUAUGUUCUGAAGUGAUGUGUAUGUUGUUGUGCUAUGGAGCAGAUGCGAAUAUUGCCACGCUUAAUGGAUUAACUCCAUUCGUAGUGGCAAUGUGUCGGGGGCGGUUUGACCUGCAAGAGAUUCUUUUCGAUUAUGUACUGGACGUCAAUAGCUUUCAUCCCAACGGCGCCUCACUACUAAGCUGGUCUUUCGCGUUGAAUAGUCCUUUGUUGGGAAGGCUCAUAGACGCCGGAGCGACAUUCAGCUAUAAAGACCGUGCUGUACAUGGUGUUAGAGCAACUGUAGAGAGAAUUACUUUUCAAGCUUUGCGGGAAGUGUCUCUAGAAACCUUUCAAAUUAUAUGGCCCCAUUUCGAUCUGAUGGGUCAUUACACGUCAAUGAUAGAACUUCUCCUGCAUCUAUUCUCAGACGAAAGAUUCUUUACGCUUUUACGCGUAGCCAUAGACAUAAAUGGUCUCGGACUCAUAUUCCAAAACUUCUGA